GCGGCGGCGGCGGCUCGGGGGGCCGGGGCCUUUUGUCUGGAGCGGCUGCGGGAGGCCCCGGAGCGGCGAGGCCGGCGGCCUUCCCCAGCUCGCUCGGUCCCGGUCGUCCCUCGCUGGGGUGGGGGGGCCCCUCCUGGGCCGGGCCCUGCCUCUGGCGCCGCCGCCGCCCCGCCCUAAGCCCGCCCCACCCGGCCUGAGGGGAGGAACCGGUCGGGCCUCCCCGCGCGGCCCAGCCGCCUCCGGAGUCGCCGCCGCUGCCGUCCGUGCGCCGGACCGAGGCUGCCCCUCGCCCCUCAGGCCGACGCCAUGAAGAUCAAGGAUGCCAAGAAACCCUCCUUCCCGUGGUUUGGCAUGGACAUUGGGGGAACUCUAGUAAAACUCGCAUAUUUUGAACCUAUUGAUAUCACAGCAGAGGAGGAACAAGAAGAAGUUGAGAGCUUAAAAAGCAUCCGGAAGUAUUUGACUUCUAAUGUAGCCUAUGGAUCCACUGGUAUUCGGGAUGUACACCUAGAACUGAAGGAUUUAACACUUUUUGGCCGAAGAGGGAACUUGCACUUUAUCAGAUUUCCAACCCAGGACCUGCCUACUUUUAUCCAAAUGGGAAGAGAUAAAAACUUCUCAACAUUACACACGGUGCUAUGUGCUACAGGAGGCGGUGCUUACAAGUUUGAAAAAGAUUUUCGCACAAUUGGAAACCUCCACCUGCACAAACUGGAUGAACUUGACUGCCUUGUAAAGGGCUUGCUGUAUAUAGAUUCUGUCAGUUUCAAUGGACAAGCAGAGUGCUAUUAUUUUGCUAAUGCCUCAGAACCUGAGCGAUGCCAAAAGAUGCCUUUUAACCUGGAUGAUCCAUAUCCACUGCUGGUAGUGAAUAUUGGUUCAGGAGUCAGUAUUUUAGCAGUCCAUUCCAAAGACAACUAUAAACGAGUAACUGGGACAAGCCUUGGAGGGGGUACCUUUCUGGGUUUAUGCAGUUUAUUGACUGGCUGUGAAAGUUUUGAAGAGGCUCUUGAAAUGGCAUCCAAAGGAGACAGCACUCAAGCUGACAAGCUGGUCCGUGAUAUUUAUGGAGGAGAUUAUGAAAGAUUUGGUCUGCCAGGCUGGGCUGUAGCAUCUAGUUUUGGAAAUAUGAUUUAUAAGGAGAAGCGAGAAUCGGUUAGUAAAGAAGAUCUAGCAAGAGCUACUUUAGUUACUAUCACCAAUAACAUUGGUUCUAUCGCACGAAUGUGUGCUGUUAAUGAGAAAAUAAACAGAGUUGUCUUUGUUGGCAACUUUUUACGUGUCAAUACCCUCUCAAUGAAACUUUUGGCAUAUGCACUGGAUUAUUGGUCAAAAGGUCAACUGAAAGCAUUGUUUCUAGAGCAUGAGGGCUACUUUGGAGCAGUUGGUGCACUUCUUGGGCUGCCAAAUUUCAGCUAAAGCUUCAGGUUUCCCUCUGCUGAUAAAUGUCAUCCAAGAGGAAGUGAAAACCAGAGGCAUUGUUACUGCAUUAUUUAUAACUGGGAACCAAAGGAUAAAAGAGUAGCACUAUUCCUGUUGACUUUUCAAUGUCAAAAUGGUAAGCUGCUAAAUGUUGCCAUAUUAAAAGAGAGAACUCUGUAAUGUGAAGUGUUUCUGAUUGAAAUGCUUUCCUUUCUGUAUAUAGCCAGUGUUAAGUCUUUAAAUGCAAUACAGCCUCUGAUUAUUGAGCUUCCUCUCAAAAAAGAUUUUCUAUUUUAUGUAGCCAGCAUUGCAGUACUGUACUCUCAAACACAAAUCUUAAAGUCUCAGAAAUGUUUAGCUCAUGAAGAUAAAUUGAUUCUGAAUGUUUUGUUACAAGUCUGUUCCAUGUGUGUUUUGGUUACUAGUAAGUGGACAGUAACAUACCCUGUAUCAAAACUUACUGAAAUGGCAAUCAAAGAUGAUCAUUUUAAUGUGAUUUUAGAAAUUUUAAGACAAUAUUAAUUAUUCAUUAUUGUAAUUUUCCUAACAUAUACCCCCCAAAAAAAAGCAUGUUUAUGUGAUCUUUUUCCAGAAGUAUAACCUUUUUCAAAUGCCAUAAUUUAAUUGAAAUACUGUUAAACAUUAGCCUGAAUUUCAAAAGGAAUCCUAGAAAAUGCACAUAAGUGGUGACACUGCACUUUCUUUAUUUUGUGAGUUAAUAUAUUUUAAAAUGUUUAAUAUUUUUCAGUUGGAGGUUUAAUUACUUAUUUGAAAGUCUCUUCAAUGAGAUCCCAGGACUAUUCUAAUGGAAUAUGGUUUGCGUGCAUUCUAAGAAUUCCAGGCUCUUUCUACACCACAUUUAUCUCAGACCCAAACUUAGCCAUUUCUGUUUAACUAGGUCUAAACCAUCAAAGUGAAAGACUUUACUCUAUUAUGAACAGCAACAAAGUCACAUUUAUUCUAAAUGGGUGUUAUGGAAAUCUAGAUGAGUUGUUAUGAAAAUUUGUAGGAGUCUGAGGCAGCAUUGCAGAAUUAUAAAAGGAUCAGUGUUUCGUACAUUCUCGUAGUACAAGUGUUAUAGUUCCAAAAUUUGUAAAUCCUUUUGCCUCGGAAUUUGUUCUCUAUGUUGAACUCAUUUUGUAUGUUACAAGUUUUUUCAGAUUUUUACUUUGGCAGUAAUAUUUUGGAAGUCUAGUAGUUUGCCAAAGUUGUUCAAGACUGUUGCUUAUGGUUUAGGAAGUAGAGAGACUUGGGGGAAAAAAUAUUUGCCUCCUUAAAUCUUGGAUGUACCUUGAAGAGCUUAAAAUUUGUUUACAUUUCAAGAAGAAAGGAGUAUUCCUUGUGUUUUUACAGAACACAAUUUCGCUCCAUAGAGAACAAUUUCCGUAGACUGUCAAGAGGUGCUUGACCAAGACAUUGCUCCUUGUUCGCAGAUUUUGUGCUCAGAUACUUAAAGUUCAGUUUUCUUUAUCUAAACACAUAAAUAUAUGAAUGAUAGUGACUAUUUAGAGGGGAAAGCAUGUGAAGGUAAUUACUUAGAAUUCAGAGUAUUUGGAACUUUGAAUUCAUGUCAAUCUGUUAGUCAUUUUGAAGACCUACAAUGAGUAAAUUUUUCUUACUUUAAUGUUUCCAUUGUAGUGACUAGGUAUUUCAGCCAAAAGCCACCUGUUCAGUUUAUUUUAAAAUUUUGUGAUUUGGGCAUUUGUACAAAAGUUUUUAUCUUUAAAUGAUGAUAACUUUAAGUUGCGUACCUGUGGCAAACUGUACAUUAGCAGCUAUAGGUUUGGGGCUGUAUUUAAGAAAGAAAAUGGAAUGGUCAAAGUCUAUAUAAGUUAAUUUGAUCAAUACUUCGGUUAAUUUGGGGCUUUCAUAUUUUUUGUCCUUUGAAACUGAAGAUACCUGCUAAUUUGUAUAAAGUGAACAACCAUCUCACCAGUGUUGCUCUUGGUUUUUCUCGAGUGUAAUCUAGACUCCCUGGAGUAAUAAGUAAGAACACAGAAUUGGGAUGAAGGCUGCCAAGAUUCUAGUUUUUGAUUAUGAUCUUAAGAAUAUCCUUGUAAGCAUACAGUGGCAAAUAGGUUUGGUUCUAAUCCGAAUCAGCAUAAUGCCUCAAAGCUCUGUGCUCCUGAACAGUGCUGUCUUAAUGGAAGUAAAAUGUGAGCCAUGUGUAAUUUUACAUUUUCUAGUAGACGCAUUUAAAAAGUCAAAAGAAACAGGUGAGAUUCAUUUUAAUUUUAUAUUUCUGUUUAACCCGGUAUAUCUGAUAUGUUAUCAUUUCAACAUAUAAUCAAUAUAAAAAGUCACUUAGGAGGUAUUUUACUUUGUUUUGUGCUUAGUCUUCAAAACCAGUGUAUAUUUUACUGUUACAGCAGAUCUCAACUUAGACUGACCACAUUUCAAGUUCUCAGUAGCCGCAUUUGGAUAGUGGCUGCUGUAUUAGUGCAGUUCUAGAACUAGCGCUUAAAAAUGAACACUAUCAUGUUUCCAUUAAAACUUUAUGAAUAUGGGCUUUUUAAAGACUGUUUGGGAGGGGGAAAUAUGGGACCCUUAUUUUUUAAAUACAGAAAGGGCGAUAAGCGGUAACUCAUUGGGGCUAGUUUAUUUUACACAGAUAAGCUGUAUUUCUGACCAUUCCACAAAUACCUUACAUUGCGUCCUGCCAUCUCAUGUUAGUGUGUAUCAUUUUUCCAGUGACACUGAUGAGGUUGCCCAAGGCAUAUCCCUGACUGUCCUGAGCAGUCUCCAAAAUGUAUAUCCCCUUCUCAGAGGCAAAAUCAAGGAUUCUAGUGACUUAAAUCCCUCCCCUCCCCCUCCUAAUUGAACUUUGAGGAGCCAAUUUUACAAAAUUAAAAAGAGAGCCUUUUAAUUCUUCACUGAGUUCUGUACACACAAGAGAAUCUUCUUUAUAGCUUUUAGAUUUAAUUUACAUUCUUAAGAACUGCUCAUAUUUUCACCUGAAGGAGCACUGUCAGUUUGUUUGGGGCUUGGUGACACAAGGUCUGGGGCCUUCUACCACCACUACUACCCCCCC